AAAGCUGUUAAUACCUCUCACAGAGCUCUGGGACUGUCUGUGGGAGACAUGGGGGAUAAGAUAAUAGAAGCAAUCAAUCUCUAUUCAUCAGAGGGUGACAAUAUGGCUCUGGAUGUAGACUUUUAUGAUCAGGACAUCUAUGAUAUCCCAGAUCCUGGGGUGCUCAUAGAGAAGAAUGAAUUGGGUCUGUUGGGGGGACCACAGGUCCCACAGCUCUUUACCAAUAGUCAGAGAUGGCGGAGUAUGUCACUGCAAUCCCGUGCCAGACUGCUGUGGCUACACCUGCGUGCAUAUCUCCACGACAUUGUGGAAAAGGAGAAGAGAGCAGAACUGCAGGUCGCUCGCAUGACACAUGGGCUGGAGCCACUGCGUCACCUUGAGGUGGAAGCUGGACUGUGCUCAGUAGCGCAGGAUCCAGUGGGUGGACGCUUCAUGGUACUAGAUGGUGAAGGUUACCUGCAUCAGUAUACCAAGGAAGGCUGGGAGCAGGCAAAGCUGAAGCCUCCUGUCGUCCUUAAUGGGCUAGUGACUGUGCCUGGCCCUCUGGGAGAAAUAGGCCACUUUGUCGGCUGGGGUCCAGCUGGACUAAGCCUAUUAGGGCAAGACUUCCACCUGCUCUGGCUAAGCAAGCCACGGGUGAGCAAGUCACUGGACCAGGAACCUUUUUGCUGCUUACCAGUGCCCAGCCUGGGUCUGUUGAUUGUGGCCCAGAUGGGUGGCAGCCUGGAGCUCUGGAAGUUCCGUUCAGGUGGUCGCCGUCUGGUACCCUGUGGUUCACCUCUGGGGCCACCACCGGGCUUGUCUGGCUCGUUCAAGUGUCUGGCCCUAGGGCUGGAACCUGACCACUGCAGUUGGCAUUGCUUUGCUGCCUAUGGCUCGGCGGUGCUCACUUUCGAUCUGGAUAACUGGGCUCUCAUAAAUGUUGGCCAGGAUCUGCAUAAAACCAUCAUCUCAGAUCUGGAUUACUGUGAGGAGAUAGACGCCAUGGUGACAGCUUCCCGGGAUAGUACUGUGAAAGUGUGGGAUGCUGACUGGCAGAUCCGGAUGGUGUUUGUAGGACACACAGGCCCAGUGACAGCUAUGACAGUACUCCCAAACAGCACGCUGGCAGUGUCUGCCUCACAGGACGGGACAAUUCGCACAUGGGACCUGCGGGCCGAAGCUCAGGUGGGAGAGGUAACUCUGGGUUGCUGGACCGAAGACGUAAUCUCUGAGAAAGUGAGCCAUUUGCUGGCUCCUGCAAGUCCUGGCUGGCCGGUGCUCUCUCUCUGCUCGAAAAGCAUAGAGCUGUGGCGUGUGCGUACCCUCUAUUCACCAUUAGCAAAGCUAUCCGCUCCAGUGCUCCAUAUACAGGUGGCGCCGGUGCUGCCCGCACCAACUGAUCCAUCUCUGCCUGCUCGCCUUGUAUGCGCCUGCGCAGAUGGGUCGGUCUACCUGGUGUCUGCUACUACCGGACGAACUGUGAGUUCACUGCUGCUGGAGCCGGAGGACUGUGCAACUGGGGUGGUUUAUUGUUUAUCUCGAGAAGCGUUGUGGGUGCUAACACGCUCAGGGGACCUAGUGCGUGCCAAUGCCGCACGCUGCCCGAUGGUGGUGGUACACCGCCUGCGUCCACCUCUACCCCCAGCGCCACAGCCCUGCUGCCUGCACCUCUACAGCCAUCUUACAGAUGCUCGAAGUGCAUUCGCUUGCUGGGAGAUUGUGCGCCAGAAUCGGGGUGACAUGCUCCGCAGUGCCAUUGCCUGGGCCUGGAAAAAUAAGAAUAGGUUUCUUCCAGUAAUGGGGCACUCAGAUGGCACGCUGUCUGUGUUGGAUUGGCGCACAUCAGUGACAGUCUUUCGUACAGAAGCACACAGCCCAGGACCAGUGACCGCUAUUGGGUCCACCUGGAGCAGCAUUGUGACUUCAGGUGGAGAUCUGACAGUAAAGAUGUGGCGUAUAUUCCCAUAUGCUGAGGAAUGCCUGAGCCUGCUACGUACCUUUUCCUGUUGCCACCCGGUGGUGUUGCUCUGUGUCCUGGGGAAGCGCAUCACUGUAGGCUUUGAGGAUCCAGAGAGUGCCACCUAUGGCCUGGUGCAGUUUGGCCUGGGUGACAAGAUGCGCUUUGACCACCGGCCACAGGAUGACCCUAUGGACCAUAUCACAGGCCUGUGCUGCUGCCCCCCCCUUAAGAUAUAUGCUUGCUCCAGCCUGGAUUGCACCAUCCGAAUAUGGACCAGGGAGAACCACCUGCUACGGCUUCUGCAGCUUGAUGGUCCCCCUCAGGCCCUGGCCUUCUCCAGCAACAACGGAGACCUGGUUUUCUCACUAGGCUCCCGCCUCCACAUGGUAUCCUAUCAGACCUACUUACCUACAUCCUAUCUAGUUAAGAAAUUGUGUCUGAAGCCUACUGAUGUGAUAAAUGACCCUCCACUGCCACUGACCAGCAAAAAGCCACUGACAUCCAGCCAGUUGCACAGGCUUACCAAUCUACACGGAGCAGCGAGUCUCAGUGUGGUCUCACCCUUCGGCUAUUACAAGACAUCAGAACCUUGGCAGCCAGUGUUGAAAGAGGACUUGGAGACUAUCAUAGCCCGGGAUAAAGACCUUCAAGAAUUGAGGCAAGGACUGGUGGUCCCAGCAACCCGGCCCCCACUCUCCUUGAAGCAGCGCCACAAAGCCUUUGACAAUUACUUACAACUGAUCUAUGGGUCUGACCUGAUGGGCAUAAAGUCUGAAAGGGAGUCCCAGCAGUGGGGCACUUCAGCCCCUGCCACAGAGAAGGAGUCACUGGACAUGGAGAUACAGCCUGAAACUACCAUCAUUGUUGGGCAGGCUGCAUUUAGCAGUGAUGUUCAGGCAGUGUCCGCUGCCUUCCAAACCCCAGGAGCUCCAGGAAGGCGCUUUGCCCGCCCUCCUCGAGUCUCCUUGCCCAUCCCACCCACCCACCGGAAGGUGCAUAGCCAGACUUCUAAGCUUCUAGCACGUUCUUCCCUGAGCUGUGAGCUGGGCCUCGGCUUGGAUCUACAGGUGCAGUGGGAUCAGUUUGCAAUUAAGACCAUAGACCUGGACAGAUCAAUCGACUACCUGCAGAAUAGGGUUCCACUGUUGCCGGAAAGAAAGCCCGAAAAGCCUCUCUCAAAGCUCACAGGCUUCUUUCCUGCCACCAUAAGGCCCUACAGGCUACAUUCUCGGCCCAUCAAGUUUCCUGGUUGUGUGCCCAACUCCGUGGUACUGCAGCAAAUGUGGUUGCCAGCAGAGGUCUGCUGUCUUGGUUCCCUAGCAGAGCUUUCUAGCCAUAGCAGAGUCAAGUCAGAAAGCGAAGAGGAAGACCAGUGGUUAAAGCCCCGAAAGUAUUCUGGAAGUUGGCGAAGUAAACUAUUCGGUUUGCUCCGACUGACAAGGAGGAAAGAGGGGAGUGAUGAGGAAGAGGAGGAGAACAAGGCAAAGGAAUUGUUGGAGAUAGACUGGACCCCCUCUUCCCGAACUUCUGAGGCGGAGCCAGAACCCUGGGAAUCAGAAACAGAAAGCGCCACAGAUUUGAUCUCAAAACUUUGCAAUGAAGCCUCUAAGGCUAAGGGCUCCUCCCAUCCCGGCCAAUUUGGAAGCUCACUCUUGGAAGAACGCUAUGGGCAUUUGCCCAAUUUCCUGCAUUAUUUUGUGGUCCAGAACUGGUUCAAAAGACUGUUCCCCAUCUUUACCCUGGAGGCCUAUCCAGAAAUGGGCACAAUAGAGGGCUUGGCCUCCAUGUUUUUGGACUUCCUGUUACAAGCUUCCUGGGCAGACCGAGUGAACAUUCUAAAUGCCCUGCUGAGGUUGUUACCUGACGUAUCCGGCAACCUUCGAAUCCGGCUGCAGGCCAAACUCUUGUACUUGCUCAACCAAGAUGAUCCCCCCAAGCUCCAGGACAAGACUCAGAAGGAGUUUGUGAUGCUGGCACUGCAGCUGCUCCUGGCCUGCAGCCUGGAUGUCCUUGAUGUGGUGCUGGAAGUCAUCUCCUACUACCUGUAUUCUCCAGCCAGUUGCCGGGAAGAGCUGAAGAAGUUGCUGGAGGGCUUGGGACUCCAUGACCCCGAUGGCGUACUGUUCAAGGAAAUUAUGACCUGGGUUGAGGACUUGAAACUUGAAUCCAAGGCCUGGAUACGCACCCAGUGUCAACAGAAGCUUGAAGACAUUUUUCUCCAGGUGAAUCCCUUGGAGCAGUCCACAGACAAUGUAUUUGUGGAGCCUUCCAGGCAGAUCUCACAAACCUCCGUCGUUUCUGGGGGAACCUUGCCUGCCAUGAGUACCUCUUGGACAUUGUCACGAGCAUCAGAAACGUCCUUACAUUUUCAAGAGUUGUUGAUAUCACCCGUGUCACCUGUGGAACCUAUGAAGUCUAUGGAGCAGGUGGAGUCUCAGAUAUCCAUCCCAGAAUUCCAGGCAGCAAGCACACCUGCACAUUUAUGUAUCCAGAAAACCAAAAAGGUCCUUGCUGAUAUGCUGCAGACCUUUGGUCUGGAGGACUCCGCCUAUGAAUCUCUGCCUGAUGCACCAAGAAGAGAGGUACCGUUGGCGCAGACAAUAUGGUCACGCUCUCAGAUAGUAGACAUGUUUCAUAUGGAUAUGCUUAAUCUCUACUGUAAGAAGCUGCGGGCACAGCAGCAGCAGAGAUCAGUGGAGGAGGAGGAGGGAGAGGAGGAAGAGGAGGGAGAGGAGGAGAAGGAGGACUUACCUGUCUCUCUCCGACGCGGCCGCCGCCGCCGCCGCCCCCAGCUAAGGCCCAACACUGUGUUGCGGCCACACCGAGAACGCUGGCUCUAUCCAAUCCUCCGUCUGCAGGAGGCCAAGGCACAAGACUUUGGUGUGUUUCUCAGGAGUCCCAAGAUGCGGAGCAAGAAGCUAACUCCUGAAGGUUCUCUCCGAAUGCUGAAGCUGCCAUUGCCACGAGUGAACUUGCAGCCGUUUCCCCCAGGCUGGCCUGCACCCCCACGGGCACUGCCCCCGCUCCUCCUUCAGCCUUCACUUCAACGCUACUUUAUGCUCCAAGACACAGACCCUGACGCCUACAGUUGACCUGGCGGACAGACAGCCAAGGCUCCAUGGCCAGAAGCGAGUCCUACCCCCUUGGCAAAUCACAAUACCAUGCUUUGCCUAAAUUAAGAAAUUCAUAAACACGCACAUAUAUAUUUAUUUA